AGAACGCCUUCUACUAAUUGGUUCGAUUAUUGGUAUCGUCUGUAGUCUGUACGUUGAAUCUUCAAGAAACCGCAUUUUAUGCAAACAUUGUCUUCCAUCCUCGAAUCAUUACGCUAAUGGCUACCCCAUUUAUUGCUGGACUCGCAGUAGCAGCUGCAGCCAUGGCUGGUAAAUAUGGAAUUCAAGCCUGGAAUUCUUUCAAGACAAGACCACCAAGGCCAAGAUCACGCAGAUUUUAUGAAGGUGGCUUCCAACCAACAAUGACAAGACGAGAAGCAGCUCUAAUCCUUGGUGUUAGAUUAUCUGAAGUAAUCUUGUAAGAUUAAGAUAUGAUGACUAAAGCUGUUGAAGAAGAAUGCAUCAACUCCAAGAUUGGAACUUGGAAAGAAGGCGCUGCAGCAGAGAAGGUGAGGGAAGCACAUAGAAGGGUAAUGGUUGCAAAUCAUCCGGAUGCAGGAGGCAGCCAUUAUUUGGCUUCAAAAAUCAAUGAAGCCAAAGAUGUAAUGCUUGGAAAGACCAAAAACACUGGAUCUGCAUUCUGAUGAUUCUUAUUGACAAGCAACAUACAUACAUGGUAAUAAACAAAAAAAAACUGUGUGUCAAGUGUUGUUGAUUACAGAAAUUUGUGUCCAUUCUUGUUUUGUUAUUUCUUUGGCUUGUGUUUGUUUGAAUAAUCAAGAAAUAGAGUAGAACAAUGGAUAUCUUUCAUAGUCUAUUGAUGCUAAACAGUUGUAAA